UGACCUCUAACUUCAAUCAUUAUCGCCUAGAUAAAAAGUGCUCGAUCUACCGCAGAAAAUUCGAGUUAUUUACAAAUUCAUUCCAUAAAAACAUACCCUUGAGAGCUGUAUCAUUAAACUAAGAUAAUCAGUGACCAUGUCUGACGUCAGCUCCGAUGAUGAAUGUCCAGACCUGAUCCCGGUACCGGUAAGACCAGAGGUCAAUGAUGAACCAGCGUGCAAGAUCCCGGUCACCAUCAUCACUGGGUUCCUUGGUGCUGGGAAGACAACUCUCUUGAAUUACAUUCUGACUGAGCAGCACGAGAAGAAGAUUGCAGUCAUACUGAAUGAGUUUGGAGCAGGUAGUGCAGUGGAGCAGUCUAUGUCAAUCGGCCAAUCAGGAGAGCUGUAUGAAGAGUGGCUUGAGUUACGUAAUGGUUGCCUAUGCUGUUCAGUCAAAGACAAUGGAGUACAGGCCAUUGAGAAUCUGAUGAAGAAAAGAGGGAAGUUUGACUACAUUCUUCUUGAAACCACAGGCUUAGCUGAUCCAGGUCCCAUUGCCUCUAUAUUCUGGCUAGACGAUGAGCUUGGAAGUGAGAUAUAUCUCGAUGGUAUUAUCACAGUAAUAGAUGCCAAGUUUGGGCUGCAACAUAUAAAAGAAGAAAAGCCAGAAGGAAUCCUCAAUGAGGCUGUCAGGUGAGAAA